UCAUAACAUGGACUAUGUGAAUUUUUCCUCUGAUAUAUGUCAGGAACAAAAUAUGGAUACGCCAUUUUCUCUGGAAUAGGUACUUUACUAGUGGGCGCUUCGAAAAUAUACUUAAUUUAAUUAGCAACAUCAUAAUAAACUAAUUCAUUAAACAGUAAACAGUUUAUCAGAAUAGUUGUAUCUGCCAAAUACUUUUGCACCGCAUCUGUAACAGGGACGCUUCCAGAAAUGGCAAACAAGCGAACAAUUGUCAUUGCUGUAGAUGGCAGUGAACAUUCGGAGUUUGCGUUUGACUUUUACGUGGACAACUUCCAUUGUCAUGGUGACCACAUCGUCCUUGUGCACGUGCCUGAAUACAGUAACAUACUCUCUGCUUCUUCUCUGUUGACUGACCCGAACAUCAUUGCUGAAAUGAUUAAAGAUACUGAAGGACAGACCAGCGAACUCGUCGACAAAUACUCGUUCAAAAUGCAACAAAAGGAGUUACACGGCCACGUGAAACAACAGUGUGGAAAGCCGGGGGAGGCGAUUUUAGAGUGUGCUAGAGAGGAGAGCGCCACCUUGUUGAUACUUGGAGCUCGUGGAAUGGGCGUUAUGCGGCGGACCUUUAUCGGAAGCGUCAGUGACUAUUGUCUCCAUCAUGCCACAUUUCCCGUCCUUGUCUGCAGACAUAAACCGUUCAAACAUGACAAACAGAGUUAACAUACCAUCAAAACUGCAAACGGGUACUUAUAUAUAACGAAUAAAACGGCAAACAACAUUUGAUUUUGCUAAACUUUCAGCUGAGAAUAACAAAGAAAACGUUGAAAAGUCAGAAGGAUUGAUUAUACAGUGUGUUUUUGAAAAGAACGAAUCUUUUCAUGCUUGUCAAUGAGUUGUUGUUUUCAAAAAGUAAUUUAACAUGUUUUUGAAUGUGUUAUUUGUAUUACUUCGAUAUUGAGCCACAUGGAGCACGUGUACACAAUCCUGUAAGAAUGCACUCAGCUGCAACUCGCAUUCGUAUAAACGCUUCGGGAAAUGCCUAUAUAUAGAUGAAUACGUAAAACUAGUGAAUAAGAAUACGAAUGACUUCAGUACGUUAAAUGACACAUAUAGGUAUGACACAGUGAUUUGGAAUAUAAAUAAAUAAAGUGAUAUUAGUGUAAAUAACAAAAGUCAUAUAGCAUACUGAAGUCAUCAUAUAAUUUAAUCGGUAUAUGAAUUGCUCUGUCUCUUUCCACGCCAAUUUACCUUUCCUGAUGGCACAUAGCUUACUUGGAAAUGUGCAUUGACGUGAAAACGGACGGAGCGAAAACUUUGUGUAAGCGAAUGCAUGUAAACAUUGUUUCUGUGUAGUUUCGUGAAUGAAUA